UUCCACACCUCCAUCAUGGCGGACCUCGAUACUUACGACGCCGACCAGCGCAACUAUGAGGAUGACCGUGACCGCGAGUAUCCGGCUCGUGAUCGCUCGCGUUCGCCUGUCGCUGACCGCGAUGGAGAGGACACCCGCGUCCGCGAUCGUGACAACGACGAGCCCAUGAAUGGCCGCGACGACGGCCGAGAUGAGCGCAGUGAGCGCCCACCACCCAACAGACGCCGAAACGACGACGAUGAUAUCUCCACCAACCCUGGCUCGAACCUUUUCGUCACUGGCAUACAUCCAAAACUGAGUGAGGAGGAGGUCACGCGCAUCUUCGAGAAAUACGGACAAGUUGAGAAGUGCAACAUCAUGCGCGACCCACACACUCGUGACAGCCGCGGAUUCGGAUUCGUCAAGAUGGUCACUUCUGAUGAGGCAGAUGCCGCAAAGGAGGCGCUACAAGGCGAGGUCUACGAGGGGCGGACAUUCAGCAUUGAGAAGGCACGUCGUGCUCGCCCACGUACGCCGACACCCGGCAAAUACUUUGGUCCGCCAAAGCGAGGUCAGCAUCCCCAGUCAAACGAUUCCGAUCAGGAAGACCGUUCGCUCGAGCUUUCGACCUGUGUCUGGCACGGAACAUGCUAA